AUGAGGCGAUUGAUAAAAUAUAUUAUCAUAGUUUGUCUCGCUGUUUGGAUUGGAAAUCACCGUUCUCGAAUCUCGAAAACAUAUCGAAGCCAAACGAGAGGUUCGCAUAUAAUCUCAUCUUCCAAAGAGAACAUUACUGAUGGAUAUCAGUUCUAUAACCGAUCGGCACAAAAUCAAGAUGGUUAUUUUGAAUUUAAGCAUACCGUUUACAAACAUGGGCUUUGCGGCAAUCUUAACAUCCCACCAUUAAAACGUCCGUGCACUCCAUACGUACAUGUUCAUCCGUACCAAAUGGAGACUUUUGUCCUUCUUCAAGGCCAUUUAUCUUAUCGACUUGACACGAAAAACUAUUCCUGCGAUGUUCAUACGUGUCCGGUGCCGAUUGUCAUCCGUCCGUUGGUUUCUCAUACAUUCUGGAUGAAUGAUAAUAAAGAAGAUCUAGUGUUAAUUGUUCGGAUUGAACCAGCAUAUAGAACUCGUGGUUUACGAGCCGAAUCAUUCGAAAAUAUAGUGGGCUCUCGCCGUGAUAAUGCCUUAAACAUCUGGCAAGCAUUUGUUUUUAUUGAAAAUAUUGAAACCUAUCCGGUGUUUCUUCCGUUAUUUUUCUCGAAACUGUUUAUUAAAACUGGCUCUUUCAUCGGACAUCUACUCGGGUAUCAAACAGAAUAUGAUGAAUAUACAACACGAAAUUUAUAA